AUGUGGCUGUGUUUGUUAGUUGUGUGCCUCUUUUGGCAGAUGCACACUGUGCAUUCAGUCACUGUGUCCACCGGCCCUGGCUGUGGCCGGUGCACAGUCUCGGGUUCGGAGAACACACAUGUUCGUAUGCAUGAAGUGGCAGCUUUACUGGGCCAGACACAUGUGGUUUGCCACUUCUGUUCGCUCGCUCGAAUGGGCGUGGGUUCAGACCUUUACUGCACAAUCUCGAGAGCCUGCUCCUCUUGGUCCAAUUCUGUCGGGGCCGGGCGAGUCUGGGCCCGAGGACGGGCCAAAAGCGAGGCGAACAAUGAUGCAACAAACACAAUGAAGCCAUGA